AUGGGUGACAUGUCUGGUGCGUCUUUGUCUAUAUCAAAGGAGGGUGACACUCCGAAGACACUGGCGGACAAGAUUGUGACGAUAGGUGGUUCUCGGAGUUCCAAGGACCUGGCAUGCAGGGAGGUGGUGCGGAAAUUGCGACAGAUGCAAGGAGUAGAAGAAAUGGAACCGGGAGUUUUCGUCAUUAUCAUUCCACAGGUUUCGGCGCCGGUCGUCAUUGGCUCCAAGGGAGCGCAGAUCAAAGCAAUCAUGGAGCAGUCAGGUGCCGAGAUCAAUGUGGGACGUGAGGCAAUUAUCGGUAUGCCGGACCAACCGAUCAGCGUAAACGGCACCGUCGAACAGGUGGUUGCCGCCGUGUCUGGCAUCAAUAGCGUGCUCCAGGAUAUGGUGGACCGUGGCAAGUUGGACCUCCACAAAGACUUCAGCUACCAGCCGGGGAAUGACACAGGCGGCUCAUGUGCAACCGCUGACUUGGCCUGGCUUCCUGCCGAUGCCGUUAGCAUGCAACUUAAGCGAGGAUUCAAGCCAGCUCGGGGCUACCAUCAGACUUGUGAGUCCCGCAUUUCAUGCUUUAGCAAGACCAUGCGAGAAGUCUCCUGA